CAAUUUGAACUUAGUGAUUCAACAUAAUCAUGAAGACAUUAUAUGCAACUAUAUUUGCUAUAAUUUCAGUAAGUUUAGCGAUUCACCUUCAUUUUUGUGUGGCAGAUGUGGGCACAGCAACUUUUUAUGGCGCUCCUUAUGUUCCAACUUCAUGCUAUGGAUACAAUCAGAGGCAAUUUCCAGCAGGCAAUCUUUUUGGAGCGGCUAAUGACGCAAUUUGGGACAAUCAGGCAGCCUGCGGAAGAAAGUACAGAAUUCGGUGUUUGAGCGGAACAAGUAAUGAAAGAGUUAAUCCAUGCAGAAAAAGAUCACUUGUCGUAAAGAUUCUGGAUUACUGUUCUUCUGCUGGAUGCGAUAAUGGCGAUGCAACUUUGCAUUUAUCUGCGGAUGCGUUUUCUCACAUUGCUCAUUCCUCUGCUAAAAAGAUUAACGUCGAAUAUGAACAAGUGUGAUCCAUCAGACUUGGUCACGAAGAUGUUUGAGGGGCUCAUAACUAGAAUGAAGCUCUAUAUGAAUGGAUUGGGAAAAAUGCACGAGGGUCUAAACUAAAUUGUUUGUAAUUGACUGCUACCAUGGUAUUGAAUAUAUAUAUAUAUAGAUCUAGUGGUCGUAGGUUUGGAA